CAAGAGAGCUCUCUCUUCCUUUCACCAUUGGACUGGAAAGCGAGAUUCACCUUUCAGCAUCAUGUUAUCGAAAACAACUUUAGGCGUUGCAGCAGCGGGUGCUGGUCUUUGUUUUCUUGGAUAUUGUGUAUACUUUGACCAUAAAAGAAGAAGUGAUCCAGAAUUCAAAAAUAAACUGAGGGAAAGAAGACAAAAGGCAAGACAGCAAAAAGUGAAAGGUGGAGGUUCACGGUUGCCAGAUUUGACAAAUCCUGAGGCUAUGCAGAAAUUUUUCUUGCAAGAAGUACAGAAAGGCGAGGAACUCCUGGCCACAGGUGAGAUUGAGGAGGGUGUGGAGCACCUGAGCAACGCGGUGGCCGUGUGCGGUCAGCCCCAGCAGCUGCUACAAGUCUUACAGCAGACACUUCCCCCUCAGGUGUUUGCACUGCUGGUCCAGAAACUACCCUCAGUGGGCGCGCGUCUGGCAAGUGCUGGUGCUGGGGGAGCGGCAGGCUCGAUGCCGGCGGCUGCUGAGUCUGGAGCUGUGAUUGAUGAGGUUGUUGACUGAGCGCUGAGCACCCCAUGUGUAUGCAGGAGGGAACUUUGACUUGUUCAAUGUCCAUGAACCAAACUGAACUCUCAAAAUUAUCCAGUCGGUGGCUUACUCUGGUUGAACUGUUAGAUGUUGACGAAUUGGGCGAAUUAUUACUAUAUAUAAAUCAAAAUGGUAAAGAAUUCCUCACCAAAUUAGUGAUUAAAUUAUGUUAUAGCAUUUUUAAGAAGUGAAUGAAUAUAUCGAAAUGAUAAUGCAAUUUGUUCACCAAAUAUAGUGAUUUAAUUAUGUUAAUUUCAUUAAGAAAAAAUGUACUGUUAAAGUAAGGAGGAAAUUGAUGAAUUUCAGUUAAUCACCGAUUCGUUUAUUGUACUUUUUAUGGCUUAAUGAAAGUUAAUGAACAGCUGAGAACUAAAGAUUUAUUCGCUGGAGAAGAGUGUUGUUAUUUGAUGCAAACAAGUAUGUGGAGAGAUCUGGCCCAAAGUUUUCUAAGUUUGUGUAUUUUUGAAAAGUGCUGAAGCUUUAGAGGGGAUGUAUGGGUGUGCAACUGACUGGGUGAAUGUAAUAAUGAUAUAUUGUGUCUGAUAGAGCUUGUGUGUGUGUCAGUGUGUGUGUUGUAUUUGGUGUGAAUUGUAGUUUUGUCUCAAGGCAAGAAAUUCCUUGUGUGGUACAACACGAAUUCUAUGAGUGUCAUCAACAUUGCCAUUGUGAUUGUGAGUGAGUGUGUUGUGACUAGCGAGUGUGUUGCUGGAGUUGGCGCAGGGAGGAGGAGGUUCUGAGUGGCCAUUUUAUGCGUGAGUACAGUUGGGACGUCUCAUCGAAGUGUUGGCAUUUUUGAACAAUUAUUAAAUCAGUUCUUACAUUCAACA